UUCUCUGAUUAUGGAGUUUUCGUCUACGUCACCCACACUAUCGCCGUUUCUACCGAACUCUUUCUUUAUUGCAUAGGUGGCACUGUGAUCAUUGAGUUUAGUUCUGAACUGGCCACCACGGUCUAUAGCAGUAAAUGGUACACGCAUAGCGUACGAGUUCAGAGAAUGGUACUCCUCAUUAUUAUACGCGCUCAACGUAGCUUGGUGGUGAAAGUCCCGUUUUUUGCGCCAUCCUUACCCACAUUGACUUCGAUUCUACGUUUUACAGGCUCUUUGAUUGCCUUAGUGAAGUCGAUGAUUUAAAUUGCCUAUAUAUAAAAUAUAAAAUUCUCUAAGCCA